AUGGCCAUGGACGCCCUCAAGAACCUCACUAACAACAUCCCCGACUGGCAGCGCCGCCUCGAUGAUCUAAGCGGCCAGAUCGAUCGCCGCCAGGCUGCGCUGGCCGCCCUCGGGGGGCAGGAGUCCAAUAACUCGAGCGCGAGGUCGCUCCGGAACAAGGGCUCGUCCGAGUCGCUCAAACCAAAAGACGACGGACCUAUGCACACGGGUACCGACGACACGAACAUACCAGUUCCCCAAUUCGAGGAGAGGCAGCAGCAGGGUGACAUGCCCCCUCCCCCGGCCGCUCCAUUCCCUUCGAGCCCGGAAAGUGAAAAUCGCGCGGCUCUGCAUAAGCAUGCGAGAGAGGCCGUCCAGGCUGCGCACUCUAAAGCCCAAGGCCAGACGAGGAAGAAGAGGCGCUCAGAUUCAAUGGCCUCGGCUGACGGGCCACCCACCACAUACCGUACGAGGAGCAUGAUCAUCGUCUACUACGAUAGCUAUGUACAGGGGUUUUUCGACGAGCUCGUCCGCUUUGUCUCGACCAGCCGGAACCUCAUGCGGAAAGCGCGGAUGGCCGCCAGGGUCGCCCAGAUCAAGCGCAUGGCUGAGAUGGAGAUGCCCGAUGACGACAGCAACCCUGGAGACGACAACAGCAUGACUGACGGCCUGCCAUCCCUCCGAUAUAUGAGCACGCGGAGGCUCGGGCCCAUGCCCGCUUCAAGGUACGGCAGGUUGGGCGGCAUCAUCGGCGACAGCCAGCCGGCCGACAUCUACGAGACUCUCGAUAAGGGCCUCGAGUUCGUCCAGUGCACGUGUGAGCACGGUGCGCAUCAGUUUUUGAGGGACGCAGACUGCGAGGAGGAGAUCAACAAGAUCCGUGCACGGAUGAGCGAGGUGUUGGCGGCAUCCACGCAGGAGAUGGAGCGCGUCCAACGCGAGGAACCUGAGUUGGCCGCGGAGUCUGGAGAGGUGAACAAGCCACGCGCCAGGCGGCCCAUCAGUAUCAGGAGAGACAUGCAAAAAUUGGAGUCGGACUCGGACAAACAGCCCGGCAAGCUUGCGGCUGCCAGCGUCAAGAUGGAGCCCGAAAAGGCGCCGGCCAUCGAAGCCAUCAACACCCUCGAAGUCGACGCCACUUUGGAUGCGGACGAGGCCAUUGAGGAUCUGAUGCCCAAGCUCCAGUACCGCUCGACCAGGCAGAUGCGCAGUCGGGCCCACUGA